UGACAAAAGCAUAUGCACGUGUUUUAGAUGCUACUCCUGGGUCUUUUCACAGACCUGCCAAAGGGCCAAUCAAAGGACUUACAGCAGUAUGAGUUAUAUACUGAUAUCAAUCCAGUUUUGUAAUAUGUGUGUGUUGUUCACAGUCCCAUUUCAUUCAAAGUAUAUUUGUCUAAUGCUUAAAAACUGAGAGGGAACACUGCCUCGACUCUGUGACACUUAGAUGUUCUGAUUUGGCCUGGAAGGUCUUGAGAACCACUGCUUUAAACCAACAUGCUCCCAGGACAACUAUGAGUAAGACCAUAAGUAAACAACAGGACACAACUGAGUUGACUCAACCGAAGUUGCCUUGUGGCUGUUCUAUUUUCUUGUCUUAAAGAAGGUGAUUACCAUCGAGGAGUGGCUAGAUGUGGUGGCAUGUCUCAAAGCUUCCUUUGCGUAUUUAAGUAAGAAUGUUGCUCAUCUGGAAGAAGAGACAGUGAACCGGUAAGGCCAGCAGAAAAGUGAAAGAUGCUAAAGGACGUGUUUACGUGUUUUUUGAGGGGCUAAUAUGUCAGUCCACUUUUCAAGACCUCCGUGGAAGGAUCACUUCUGAGAUUAUCAGCACUUUACUUUAUUCUUGGACCGACUCUCUCGAAGAAACAUGGCUGUCUGGUUGAUCUUACCAGUUGUUCUGUGUGCCGUCUCAUUCAUCGGGUGCUGGACAGUAUACGGACUUGCAUUGAGUUUCAACCAUGUCUGCUCACUUACUAACUGGGAAUACAGAAACUCAUGUCACCCAAAUGAAACUGGGAAUUGCUGUACCCUGGAAAAUGUCCCCACCGUAAGCACAAGUGGAGCAAACUUUCCAGAAAACUCCCUUUUCACAGCAACAAUCAAUGCUGGUUCUUUUUUGUUUCUGAUUUUUUGCGUUUUCCAUCAUGCACACGUCCUGGACAGGAACAGUGUUCAUUCUCUUCUCAGUAAGAUUGCAAUGAUUUUAGGCUGUGUGGUGUCUGUGAGCGCAUUCGUGGCAGGGAACUGCAAUCCAGCAGAGCUGGUGUUGCUGCAUUACCUGGGUGCUGCUGUGAGCUUUGUGUUUGUGUGUCUGUACAUGACCAUCCUGACCUCCCUCACUAGUAAAUGUAUGCUGACGGGAUGUGAACAGGUUCUCUAUCCACUACGCUUCAUCUCCUCAUUCAUCCAGAUAUCUGCCACCAUUCUCUAUGGCAUCUUCUUCAUCCAGGAGGAUUACUUCUAUAAGCACAUCUCUGCUGUGUUUGAAUGGUUUCUGUGUGUAAAUCUGGAGCUCUAUGAACUCAGCUACUCUGUGGAGUUCUACUUUUUCUCCUCAUCAAUGCUUUCAGUGCUUUUAGCAAAGAGAGAAGAAGAGAAACCACUCAUUUUAUCUUAACAUGGAAAAUCCUUAAGAACUCUAUAGUUUUCCUGUUAUGGAUUCAUAAUAUAAGACAUUUUAAAUGUAACCUCAUUCAAACAGAAGAUCUACUCAGGAGACAUUUGGAGACUUGUAAAGAGAUUGCACAUACUUUUGAAGUUGUAAUGUACAUACUUCCUCUUGAGAAUGCAAGCACUGGAUUUACUUUGGAGCAGGAUACACAACAGGCACUUUGAACGUCUUAGUUUCUUCCUAAUCAUCUUUACUUUACAAAAUAUGAUAUCAUUUAACAACAAAAAUAACUUACAAAUGCGAUAUUUGACUUCAGAUCUAGAUUUCCUGUGAGCAAGAGUAACUCGGUUGGUGCAUGCUGCUUAAAUUAUUGUUCAGUUUACCUCACACUUUUAAUCGAAUCACUCAGUCCCUUGAUGAUGUGGAAAUCAACUGCUGGCAGGAAAUGUGUAUUUGUCAGAAAUUAAAAAUCUAUGAAGAAAAAGAAUUACCCAUUGGUAGUCACAGGUGUAUCUCAAAUUCAAUUAUUUUCCAUUAUCCCUUAUUAUUGUGUCAGAACUUCAAUUCAGAGACUCUAGGGUGAAAUUAGGAGGACCAUAGCUAAGUGGUCCAGCAACAAAAAGGCAGUGUAUUUUGCCUCUGUAUCAUAGUUUGUUGCGAUUUAUAGUUGUGAAUAAGUACUCAGCAUUAUGAGUUUUCGAUGUUGAGAUGCAGUUAUGACAAGCCUACAAACAGACUUUACAGGGUAAAUUAGCAUGAAUUCAUUUGACUGCUUAAAUUCAGUUGUGUUUAAUGUUGUAAUGCUGCUUAAAAGAAUCUAGAGAUAAACCUCUGGUUGACAAAUACCUAUAAUAGAAAGAUUCCCUGGAAUCUGAAUGGUUUCACAGCAUAAUAGCCAGCUGGAUCUUACCAAACACACACACACACAGGUAUUAAACUCAGGAGUACUGUACAAUAAUUCAAUAGAAGGUCUAGCACUUGAAACACCUGUUCUGUGUAAUUCUGACACACCCAUUGUGUUUAACUAAGAAAACCACUCUUGUAUGCAGUAAUUCACUUGGGCGGCGAAGCGCCAACUCUUAUCGUUGUUUUUCUGUUAACACUUUAUUUAACAGGUCGGGUUUAAUCAUCUAAAACAUAGUUCCCUUAUUGACAUUUUUAUUAUUAAAUAAUGCAGUCUGCAACUAUGUAUUGGCCAUUAAGACUCAAAACUGUUUUCACAACCAAAUAAUAUGACAUUAACUUGCAGUCUACUUUCUGGUAAUUAUACAAUCUCAAAGACUUCCAGAGCAGGGAGGGGAGGACAGCUCGUUCUAACAAAGUUAAGGUGGAGGAGUUAAUUUGUUUGGAAAGGUUUAUGUACACAUACUGCUGCAGCUGAGGACUUUGCACCUAUGCUAAAGAAUGAAGUAGAGUUGAAUGGAGUUCUGAAAGGAAAUAUGUCCUAAAACCUGGACACGUGUUAGCAUUUUUGCACUUAAAAUACUGUUGUGCCAAAGUCUAAGGUGUGUGGUGAACACAGGCUCAAGGUAUUUUCACUUUUUAUUCUACAACAUAAAAUAUAUCAGAAAAACACAGUUUGUGAUUUUGUGUGUGUGUUUUGUAGGGGGUUGCUAAGAUCAGGGCUAAAUAAGACAAAAAGGGGUUGUCGGGGACUCAUCACUCUGAACAGAAAUUCAUCUACUCAUUAGUCGGCUUUCACAUUCGGUGCAUUUGGCGCUCCUGUAAACGACUUUAACUUUUUUUUUAUUAUUUAAAGACUGAAAACUUUAAGAGAUGGUCAUGUUAAUAUUGUGUAACCAGGGUGUAGUUUAUUUAUAGCAUAUCGUCAGCUUUUCACUCCUGGUGACUGUAUUUAGGCUUUGGAAUUUAUAAAAGCUGUGUUCAUUUGUGAAGAUUACCUUGAUAAUCAAAAUGUAUUUUUAUUAAAUAAACUGACUCUUUAUUAAUUUAAGAUUUGUAAAUUUUUAUUGGCCUCAGAGUUUAUUUUCUGCAAUAAUCCAAAAUCCUAGUGGCUUUUUAAUCAAGAGAACCUGGGUGAUCGUACCUGCAGAACUCUAUUAGUUUACAGGAGUGGUGUCUCGUCAAGUGCCUGUAAAGAAAGACAUUGGGAAAUGUAUUUGUGCAGAUGACAACCCAUAACAGAACUGUUUAACUUUCAGAUAGGUUUGAGUCAAGAGAAUAAAGAUUCAGGAAAAAAUGCAAAUGUUAAUGCAAAGCACAUAACCUUUACUUUGAAAUAAGGUAAUAUACAUCCUGGAAUCACAGAUAAUAAAGAUACAUUAUGAGCAAAAUAAAUUCACAAUGAACAUCCUUUCUUCUUUCUCUGAUCCAAAGAGUGGGGCAAACUAGAAAAUGUCUACAGUAUCAAUGAGGGGAAAG